AAGCUGACUACCCGCUUGUUGAUGAAUCAGAGAAGAACCAGGAAAGCAAAGACAACUUUUUGAAUUCAGUUUUGUUCACAUUCAAUAAAAUUCUGGCUAUGGAGAGAGUCCACGGUUAUAAUAUGAGCACAAGUCUUAAUCCUACAAGAAAAAAAUCAUAUAAAUGUAAAUCAUAUGGGAAGAGUUUGCAACCUACUCUAGACUUACUUAAUUAUAAUAGAAGUUAUACUGGCGAAAACUCUUAUGAAUGCAGUGAAUGUGGGAAAGCCUUCAAAAAGAAGUUUCAUUUCAUUAGACAUGAAAAAAAUCAUACAAGGAAAAAACCCUUUGAAUGCAAUGACUGUGGGAAAGCCUAUAGCAGGAAGGCACACCUUGCAACUCAUCAGAAAAUUCAUAAUGGAGAGAGACCCUUUGUGUGCAAUGAUUGUGGGAAAGCGUUUAUGCAUAAAGCACAACUGGUAGUUCACCAGAGACUUCACACUGGAGAGAAACCCUAUGAAUGUCGUCAGUGCGGGAAAUCAUUCACUUGGAACUCCUCCUUUACUCAACAUGUGAAAUCUCAUACACUUGAGAACUCAUUUGAAUGUAAGGAAUGUGGGAAAACCUUCAGGUACAGUUCAUCCCUUUAUAAACAUUCUAGAUUUCAUACAGGAGAGAAACCCUACCGAUGUAUUGUAUGUGGCAAAGCCUUUGGCAACACAUCUGUGCUUGUUACCCAUCAGAGGAUUCAUACAGGAGAGAAACCUUAUGGAUGUAUUGAGUGUGGCAAAGCCUUCAUCAAGAAGUCACAUCUCCUUAGACAUCAGAUAACUCACACAGGAGAAAAGCCUUAUGAAUGUAACAAAUGUGGGAAAGCAUUUUCCCAGAAGUCAAAUCUUAUUGUCCAUCAGAAAAUUCAUACAUAAUAUUCACUUUAUGAAUAUGAGAAAGCCUUAAAUAUUAAUUAAAUUUUAUUAAAUAGAGAAUUCACGGUGAGGAAAGAUCCAUCAAUUUGAAUGAAUUUGGAAGAGUAGAUUCCCAUAAAAAAUAAUGCCAGUCAUGUUCUGGAAUUGAUAAAGUUUUUACAGAAAAGAUCACAGAAAACAUUAAAUUAUCAGUAAUAGAGCAUAGAGCUUGGAAAGGAAGCAUAACUUAAUCAAGGAAUCAGUGAAACUAAAUUUACCAUCCCUGAUUUUUUAUUUUUAUAACAGAUUAUACAAAUGUGAGUAUAAAAUAUGUUUAUACAUUAUAUCUAUUAAGUUUCUACAGUCAAUAUCAUCAUUUUUUUCUUCCAGUCCUAACAAUAAUAUGCAAGUGAAGAAAUGGUUUAAUAUGUAGUAUGAAUUUCCGUAAUAUUUUCAUCCAUUUGCUGGCACUUUUAAUGGGCGUGGCAGCGUUACUGAACCUCAGAGUCUCCUCUUAUAAAACUCAUUCUAAAAAUGUUUUCCUAUAUAUGUAAACACCAAAACAAAAAAUAUAACAAGAUGCCAAUUGAGAGAGAAAAAGCAGUUGAUUUCUGUAUGACAGUAAGUAUGCAUUGAGGAAAAGAAGUA